AUGGCCUCAAGGAAUGAUGGUAUUCAGCUCCUUUUGCAAGCCGAAAAGAGUGCCAGUGAGAAAGUAAAUGAGGCAAAAAGGCGUAAAACUAAACGAUUAAAGGAAGCUAAAGCUGAGGCUCAGGCAGAAAUAGAAGCUGAACGAGCUGAGCGUGAGCAUCACUUUAAAAUUUGUGAGGGUAAGGUACUUGGUCGUCGAUCAGAAAUUGAGUCACAGAUUCAAAAGUUAACCCAAGAAAUAAUCGAUACUCAGACUGCCUCAGUGAAUCUUCAUAAAGAAGACGCCAUAAAUAUGUUGUUGAAUUGUGUAAUGCAAAUUCAGCCACAGCUACACAAAAAACUACCGCAAUGGAAUAACGGGUUAA